UGAAAUAAUGUGAGCGGCUAUAUUUUUGUUUUGUGCGCUGAGAGAUACUGACGCGCGCGCUCUGUUUGAGAGCGAUCGUUUUUCGCUGUACCUGAUUAUGUGUAGUUUAUAAAUAGAUGUGGACAUUGGUGCUGUAUUUAUUUGAAUAUUUAAAAUGACUAACUUGAGCGGUACGCAAAUAGUUAACGUUAUAAGUGAUGUUACGAAUGAGAAAUUAAAUCCGUCUACCCUGAAUGUCGCUGUCAAGUGGUGGACAUUGAAAUGGAAGGCAGUCCUCGCAGAAUUCGUUUCGACUCUACUGCUCAUAUUCCUUGGAUGUAUGACAUGCAUCCCGCUUGAGGGAUUUACGGUUCAACCUCCAAUGUAUUCGCCGAUUGGAUUUGGAUUGGUCGUUCUAUUCAACAUUACCGCUUUUGGCCACAUAUCUGGCGCCCAUAUGAACCCGUCAGUUACAUUAACAGCAGUAAUUUGGGGUAAAAUAUCUGUAGCUCUUGGUAUAGGAUACGUAAUUGCUCAGUGUCUCGGAGCAAUUGUAGGAUAUGGUCUAUUAAUUGUAGUUUCUCCAAUCGAUUUAGUGCCAGGAGCGAUAUGUACGACCCAACCUCAUAUAGGACAAGAGCCAUACCAAGCGCUCGUCGUCGAAAUAAUUUUAUCGGCAGCGUUGGGUUUUAUUAACUGUGCAGUCUGGGAUCCAUUGAAUGAGGAAAAAAAUGAAACCAAUUCUUUGAAGUUUGGUUUUACGAUUGCAGCGUUUUCGAUUGCUGGUGGACCGUUGACUGGGGCCAGUAUGAAUCCAGCGAGAACGCUGGGACCGUCCUUGUGGACGAACAAUUGGAAUACCCACUGGAUAUACUGGGUUGGGCCAUUGGUGGGAGGUGCCUUUGCCGGAUUAUUCUAUAAGAUAAUUUGGUUAAAGAAUGAAAAGCCUGGUGAUUCGUAAUUAAUUGGAUAUUUAGUCGUAGAUCUUAUCAAAAUUUAUACAAUUUGUGACGAUUAAUUAGUGUUCAAAGAUGAUGGAAAAUUAUGAUAACUAUGUAUGUUAUAAUUACUAGUAUCGAUAUUAGAAGAUAUCGAAAAAUUUUUUUUGUAUGAACGUAUGUUAAAUUAAUGUAUGAAAGUCAUUAGAAAUUCGUGUAAAAUAAUAGUAUUAAGUAAUUACUGUGAUAAAAAAUCUGUAUUUUAAGUAAUUUAUGCGCAUUAAAGUGUUUCCCCAGUGAUAAUUACAAGAUUACGUGC